AUGCUACGGUAUUCCACGCUAAUUCUGAUAUUUUCGACGUUGGGAACGCUUGCCUUCUCCCAUACCGUCGGCCAGCGCGCAGCUUUCAACGCUUUCAAGCAGCGACAAAGAGCUUUAAGCCGGAUGAGCGACGAUUCUGGCUAUGAAAAUCAAGCAUUCUGGAGGGGACUGUAUUUAAGGGAGGAACGAAAAAAUGAUCAGCUCGUCUGGCAGCCCGAACUCGAGGGAAUAAUGGAUGAAAAUGGGAUUUUGUAUCAAGUGCCACGAAGACAAACGCGACUGGGGAGAACGCUAAAUCGAGGCCGAGCAAAUAACUAUUGGCGUGGCUUUGGUCUAAAUUUG